AUGAAAAAGGUUCCCUUCAAGGAAGUGGUUGGUUCGUUAUUGUAUGCAGCACAAGCAACCAGACCGGACAUAGCGUUUGCAGUUAACUUGGUGAGUCAAUUUUCUGCAAACCCUGGAAGACAGCAUUGGGAGGCUGUAAAACGUAUUAUGCGUUACCUUCGUGGCACAUGUGACGAGAAGUUGAUGUACUUGAAGAGCGGCGAUUCCCAGUUGACCGGUUAUACAGAUGCGGAUUGGGGAGGAGAUACUGAUACGCGCAAAUCAACAACGGGAUACGUGUUCAAGAAGAUGGGAGGAGCCAUCUCGUGGAAUGUGAAGCGGCAGUCAUGCGUGGCUUUGUCAUCUUGUGAAGCGGAGUUCAUCGCAUUAUCUAGAACGACACAAGAGGCGUUCUGGUGGCAGCAGCUUCUUCGGCAGAUUGACGGUGAGCAGACAAUAGCGAUAUUUUGCGACAAUCAAUCCGCAAUAUGUAUGACUCGCAACGACGGAUGUAAUCCCCGGACGAAGCAUGUGUCUAUCCGUUACCAGUUUGUGAAGGAUGUUGUUGAGAAAGGUGACAUCAAGCUCCACUACAUCCCUACGCACGAACAUCCGGCUGACGGAUUUACAAAGGCUUUGGCGAAACAGAAACAUAUUCAAUUCAUGGAAUUGACCGGGAUCGUAGGUUAA